GUGUUUCCUUGCCUCUGUUAGAAGAAAAAGUACAGAGGUGAAGUGUGCAAUGCAGUUGGGUCUGGUGGUGAGGUUAUUAUUAAUAGGAAUACUCAUCUCUGCAACAUGGGCCCAAGUGGCAUCAGGACUCAUGAGUUCAGAGUGCUUGAAGAACUUUUUGCAUUUAACCCUGAGCAUGGAGCACUUCAAGGAUAAAUAUUUAUCUUUUUCUGCUGUUGACCAAUCUGGCAUAGCCUGGGAGCUGGAUGAGGCCCUUGCAUCACAGUGUGGCUACACAAUAACUUACAGCAGCAGGAACAGCAUUGUGUUUCGUGCUUCUGCACUAAGUUGUCAUUCUCACUUGGAGAAAGAUGUGUUCACAGUAACUGUAAAAAUCAAAGCGUCCCAUACUUCUGAUAUGAAAAAUGCUACAACUUAUCUGAGAAGUGCAAGUUGCCCUUAUCGUCCAUGGAGUCCAAGGGAGUUAGUAUGUGAAACCAACUACAUGGAGGUUUCUGCCAGGAGAGAUGUUCCCCAAACUGAGAAGGAUAUCAUUUUGAGUGAACCUGAGGAUUGGAUUCUUUCUUAUCCAAAGGCAAAAGCAGGGGAAGCCUCAGUAUGGCAGAUACUGUUUCAUCAACCAGAAGAAAAAAGAGCUCUGCUUGUAAGUGAUGCUUGGAGGGCUGGCUAUGGACUCAACAGCACAGAAACCAGAAUUCUGCUGCGAGUGCCAUACAACACUGCACACAUUCAACUGGUCAAGGCUCAGGGUAUUACCUUUUCUGCAGUGAGAUCAAGUACAUUUUACAAACAGCAGUGGAUGAUCCUGAUGGUGGAUACUGCUGUGGCAUGUCCUGUAGAUGGUGUGAAUUACACUAACAAAACAAUCAUCUGGACUGUUCCAAAAUAUUUUCAAGCACUCUGUGCUGGAGCAACUGACUUUAAGGAUGUGCUUGUUGAAGCUGGUGUGAAUCUACACAAACUCUCUGCUGAAGAAAUGGCCUCCAGGAAAUAUGUGUUAUCUAAUGAUAUAAAUACAAUUACAAUGAAGAUACCUAUAGGUGCAGAAGGUGGCUCUUACAAGACUUCUGUGAGCAGUGGAAAGCAUGGGGCAAAAUACUCCAUCAACCUGUUCUUGGAACACCAGUGGGAGGAUAACAAAUGGGGACUAACCAAGUAUACCAUCAUCAAGGAAAUAGAAACACCAUUUGAACAAGUGGAACUUGCGGUAACUAACAACCUCAAUCUGAGUGCAAGGUUAAUGAAUGUUACAGUGGGAAUGUUUCUCCUGGAUGUGGAGCUCGUGAACUUGACCAUUGAGGGGACAACUGUAACUGUACCUGAAGCUAUUCAGCAUGGGUAUUUAACAUAUGAGAUUCAAUAUGCUAAUGGAAGCAAAAUCUAUGUAAUACAAGUGUCAUUUGAUGCACCCGGCAUUAAGAAAGAGUACGUAAUCGAUGACACAAGAGAAUACACACUCAAUGUCACACUGAAGUUCAUCAUCCUUCCAACAAGAGACACAUUCUCUGUCCCCAUUAUAACAGUGUCUGCUGUUAAAGAUGCUGUACUACCCAGUGCAAGGGGAUUUUGUGAUGAGAAUGACUUCCAUCUCAUUAUCACACACGGAAAUGUGGACCAAAACUGGCUGCCCUUCAUCUCUGAGCAGCACCUGGUACCAGAGGUUGCCCAGGAAGACUACUAUAGCCUGAAUGACAAUGGGACUCACUUGACUGUCUCUGUCCCUUUCCUUUCCUCCCUUGUGGACUAUAAGGAUAUUCAUAUUUCUGGAGUAAUGGCUUCUCUCCACUUAACCUUGAAGGAUGGCAUCACCUUGGCUAAUAAGAAGGACUUCUCAAUUUCCUGCAGAUUUCCACCUUCAGAGCUAAUACAGUGCCUUCCCAAUGGCACCGUGGUAAUUACUGCAAUAAAAUUAGUAAGACUUGCAGAUCUGGACACCAGCCUUCUUGUCUUAAGAGACAAACAGUGCAAACCUAGCCUAGUGACAAAGAAGACUGCAACCUUUAAGUUCAACGUGAAUACAUGUGGAACAAGUAGAAAGUUCAACAGCACAUCUAUAACAUAUGAAAAUGAUAUACUCUACUUCAGACCUGGAAAUGAUAUACCAGUAUACCAAUUAAGGUUUGUAUGUGUUUACACCAUCAAGCACUCAGCUGAUGUCCACUAUGAAAACAAGAAAAACCUUCCGCCAAGUAUUAAGCCAGGUUUUGACUCUCUGGAUCUCUCCCUGAAGCUUUUUAAAGAGAAAUCCUAUUCUGAGCCCUAUCAGGAACUGGAAUAUCCUGUGGUAAAAUAUCUGAGGGAGGCACUGUACUUUGAAGUUGAACUGCUCCAGCCUGCAGAUCCAAGGCUGGAACUAAACUUGGAAGACUGUUGGGCUACCAACUCCCAAAGCCAAGACAGUCUUCCACGAUGGCCAAUCCUCAUAAACGGGUGUGAAAGGAGUGAGGACUCUUACAGAACAGUCUUUCAUGAAGUUAAUUACAGCCGUAGAGUAAAAUUUCCUCAGCACUUGAAAAGAUUUGAAGUAACAGUGUUCACCUUUGUACAAGGCACAGCUCUAUUACAAAUGCAGUUAUAUUUGCACUGCAGUGUUGUGAUCUGCAGCACUACACCACUGCCUUCAGAUGUGAUUUGUCAGAGGGGAUGCAAUCCUGGGACGCAGCGCCUUGACCGCCAUGCAGAACUGCAUUCACGGGGCCAUGUGUCAUCUGGAGCAGUGCUUAUUAGAAAGGAAAAACUGGCCAGCAAAGGUGAACACGCAGAUUUCUGAGGGAAUAACCAAGAACUGGUUAGUUCUGUAAAGUUGCAGUCAAAUGCCCUAAGCAAGUAGUCUGCCCGGACUUACCAGGAAGGACUCAAAGAUAUUUCCCAGGAAAAUACAUUCUCAGUGCGUACUGAGGAAAAGGGUCAGCUAAGCAAACACUAAUGUAAUCUCUUAGUAACUUCUUGCAUCUGACCUAGUCUUACCAGCAAACAUUUCUGAAACUCUUCUAAUCAUACUGCAGUUCUAAACAUCUGUUUCAGAGCAGAGGGAAGAUGGUAGCAGCAGGCAUCAAGUCAGUCAUUUGGAGUGAGUGGUGGUUGUUCUUCUUAAAGACUGUAGAUGAAUAAGGUAUUGCAGGGAGCUUAAUAUCAGUAAGCCUUUCUGAACCAAGGUGGGCAUGAACGUAUUUGAUUCUGUAGAGGCAACUGGGAGAAAAUCUGUGAGCUGUGGAUCUCUUUGGAGGACUGUGGCUCUGCAAUAUCAAGUUGUUGCUUUCCUUGGGAUGGGGAGGAAUCAGUCACAGAUUGCACCAGUAACUCUGCUAUGCUGAAUAAGCAGUCACACUAGAUGAAAAUAAGCUUUUAGUGGGGACUCAGUGUAUUAUCAUGGCAACUAUCACAAAACUACUAUUACUAAACUCUGUAUCUACAAAGUGUUGAGGAUUCAUCCUUACUAGGAGUUCCUGUUAGAUUACCUUGUCCUCUUUCUUCUUUUUAGUGAAAGGAAAAAUGUGUUUUUGUUUUUGUUUUUUGCCUGCAUCUAAACAGAGCUAUGAAAACAGUUCAGAUUCAGUGCUGUAUUUUCCUGUUGUAAGGAAAGCUAUUGCUUGGCAUGAAUCAUUAUUGCUUAGGGCAAAAACUACAACAAUGGGUAUAAAACGCUGUUUGCUUUUUAACUUUAUUAAAUAGAAUUCUACUAUAGGGGAUUUCUGUGAAAACCACCUUGAGCAAGAAACUAUUUCAUGAAUCUGUUUGUACCUUGUGAAGAAAAACAAUGAAUAAAUGAUUUGUAGCUCUGUUAUAAUACCUGUACAGUGGCCUCAUUAAACCGGUUUGUGCUAUAACUUAAAGCUCAUAUUUGUAAAUCUUGUCAACAUAUAAUAUUAUGUAGUUGAUAGAUUUUUUGCAAAGAAAGACAAUAAAAGAUGUGUGGGCUUCCUGAUGAA